AUGAGCGCACAAGAGGCGAACAGCACUGAUCCCAACUUCCUGAAGAUCCCUUUCAGCCAAAGAUGGGAACCCCACAAGGCUACGAUCAGCAGUCUAUACGCUGAUAAUGAAAUCGACGUAUACCAUUUCAAGAAAUGGAACAUCUCCAAGAGCAUCCCUUCAUCGAUCAAAGACCAGGCAAUCAAGACCAUUCGCAAGCGAACGCGCGAUGGCAAAGCCACCGGGGGUGUCAAGUUCAAUGGAGAGGAUAUCGACAAGAAGAGGCUUCGGCGUCAUCUAAAUGACACAUCCAGGAGGAACAUUGAGUGGCAGCUUUCCGGCACAGUCUUUGCGCACUGGAAUCUGCCUUACAAGGCUUUACAAGCCACCUCCACCACCGAAGUCGGUGCCCCUUCACCUUUCGGUAGAGACUGGGCAUCACCGAUGGGUAUUGUCGCCUUCAGCCCACAGGGCCCCCUGAACGGUCCUUCACCAACCAAUGCUCCCUCGCCCUUGAAUGCUCCAACGCCAACGACUCUGGCCAUAAGGGUCAAGAUAUUUGAUGAUAGAGCUAGAUAUCUCAUCCAAGGUAUGAACGAAAAGUUCCUGAAGGACAUGCCGACUUCAGAGAGAAGACUUGCAACCACAUGGUUGUUCGCCUUCAGAACAUCCAAAUACUGGGGUAAGGGUCCGAUGCAGUGGACGCCGUACCUUCUCGGUUUUUUGGACUUUAUGGACGCCAAUACGUCGGCCAAUACCCCUGCUGCAAUCGACGACGCGAGCCCAAGCAACACGGAGCCAAACCGGAUUGGAGGAACGCUCGCUCAAGGAUCUCUACGCCCGUCCCCAUUGUGCUCCUGGAGCAUACACUGUGAUACACCGCGCUAUGUCCGCAUUCCGUCACCUCCAUCAUCAGAAGACGGUGAGAGCGACCUCGACCUCGACCCCGACAAUGCGGAAAGUUGGCACCGGUGGAGUCCUGCUGAGGCAGAUGCUUCCAACUUGACCAGCCGGCUCCAACAAGCUCUUCAGUUUAACAUGUUCAGCAACAUCGACACCAAGGACUUACCGCUUUCAACUACACAAGUCAUCAAAGCGGUCUCAUGCUCACCCGAUGCUCUUAGUACGGAAGCUAUUGGGUUUGCCAUGAUGGCCCGUAACGUGGAGCUCCUAGAAAACUUGCUCGGUGGGACUGACUCGAGUCGAUUGGACAUGACGAGGCUUUUCCCCUUCCACCUGGCUGCAACUCAUCUUGACGGAGCCACGACCUGCUGCAACUUGAUCAGCUUUUCUAUGGGGGCCAUGGCAGGCCGAAACCUUAUCAAGAACCUCUACGUCAACGACCUUGGACACACCGUUCUGGAUAGCUUGAUGAUUACCGUCCUCAAGGGACACACAUCGUGUGCUCCGUACAUGGUUGACGAAGGUAUGAAGAAAUCACAACGCUUUCCCGGAGAAGAUGUGGAUGUCUGUGGCCGUUGGGAUGCCGACUCGCCUUGCAUUCGGGCUCUCAACGCGAAAGGCACUGCCAGGAUUAUCUUCUCGUGGAAGCACAUGUUUUACCACACUUCGGCACAGGCUGUGUGUCACUCCAUUGCUGCUAUCUUCAACGUGGACUAUUCGCCUGACAUCAACACUCCCAGUGGUUUGUUCAUCAGGUAUUGUUCAACAUGCAACGAGAGGCUGCAGCCCUCCCCACUCCACACACUUGUCCUGACCACCUUCUACCUCGCCCAGUACGGCUGCCAAGGAGAGAACCUUCUCGGAGCUCUAGCUUGCCUGGUCUGUCUCCUUGCAUACGGCGCAGACCCAUUGGCGAAGGCCGAAAUUUCUGUCGAAGAACUGCUGGGCAACGAUGCUACGGACCGAUGUAACCACACCCAGCUCGACCCCCUCGAGCUUGGCGAGCAGGUUCCAAUGGUCAUCAAGGCGGCCUGGCCAGCCGAGCGUGACCCUGCUCUACGACAUUCAUGGCGCAAUCAAUCGGACGUCAACUUCGACUUCGGUGGAUUCGAUGCCGGUCACGGUUACGGAGGCUUCCCCUUCGGGUAUGAACGCGAGCUUUGGGAAGAAGCCAACACAGCCGACGACGGCGACAGCGAAGACAAUGACGAUGGUCCUUCCAAUGUCUGCGACCACGCAGGGGACAGUCCGAACUUCUAUGGCGGGAGUAGCGGGCUCGGUACCCUCUGGGCCGCCAUACAAACGGAGCUCCUGACCUAUCGCCGACUGGAGUAA